AUGGUUAAACCGAUUGUUGUUAUAACAGUUGAUGAAGGACCAGAUGAAAAUCCGCGUUAUCCAAAGACCUUAUCAGCAGCAAUUGGUACAUUUAAAAAACAUAACCAUGAUGCUUUAUUUAUUCUUACACACGCACAUGUGCAGUCUACAUAUAAUGCUGUUGAGCGUCGAAUGGCAUCACUUAGUCAUACUGUUGUUGCUCAAUAUAUCGAGCCUGAUGAAUUAUUAACACAAAUGACUCAACAAAAUCUUGACGAAAGUUGGUGUUCUGCACACGUUAUUCAAUCAGAGUAA